AUGGCCCUCUCAACGGCCAAGCUAACCGAGCUGCCACCGCACCUGCUGUCUACAUUCUCCAUACCCCGCCGCAAACCUCCGCAUUCCGCUUUCCGAUUCUUCAAACCCUUGUCUUCUUCUCUCCGCUCCACCAACAACACACCCAAAACCCCGUCCAAAAACCCCGACGUAACCGAAACUUCUUCUUCCUGGAUCAAAAAAUGGCCUUCGCCUCCUCCGAAACCACCGCCGGCUCCGAAAUCGAGCUCGAGAAAGCCCCGUCAUCCUAAAACCCAAACAGCUCCGAUGGGUCUUGGCUGCGAUGACGAAGGGGAAGAAGACGAAGAAGGAGGGCAGUCGGGAACAAAUUCUGGUUCGGGUAAUGCUGAUUUUGGGGAUGAGAAACUAGGGGAUUUGUUAAAGAGGGAUUGGAUUAGGCGGGACAGUAUUUUAAGGGAGGAUGAGGGUUAUGACUCUGAUGCGCUGUUGCCGUGGGAGAGGGGUGUGAAUGAGGAUGAUGAAGUGGCGGAGGAUAGCGGGGGAGCUAAGAAGCGGGCCAUGCGGGCCCCUACUUUGGCCGAAUUGACGAUUGAGGAUGAAGAGUUGAGGAGAUUGCGGAGAAUGGGGAUGACUCUGCGGGAGAGGAUCAGCGUGCCUAAGGCCGGGCUCACAGGUGCUGUGUUGGAGAAGAUUCAUGACAAGUGGAGGAAGUCUGAACUUGUGAGGUUGAAGUUUCACGAAGAGUUGGCACACGACAUGAGGACUGCACAUGAGAUAGUUGAGGUUGGUGAGUUCUGA